CUGAGGCAGGCGUACACUCGUUCUCAGUGGCCAGAUAAGUGUCGUGGAACUGUGGGUACAUUCCUUUCACUGGUAUUUCGCAGCACACGAAUGUCAUUUAUGUAUUUAGGCAAUCAGUCUUCGAAUUAUAGGUAGCUUAAUAGAUUGGUUCCGAAAUGGAUGUCAAUCCAGGCACACAAUCUCCGCGAGAAGAGGGAGAGCUCGAAGAUGGGGAAAUUUGCGACGACGAAACUGACGAGAAGCAGCUAACACGAGAAGGCAUGAGGCCUCGUAAUGCUAACUCGACACGGCCUAAUCGGAAAUGUAAAGGUCCAGUACGAACACUGCCUCCCCCGAUGGGCUCCCAGGCCCAGGAUUUCCGAGUGAUGAUGCCCUUUAAUCGUGUACCACACUUGCAUGGCCAUUUCCCCCCUAUGCACAGACAACAAAUUGGACCUAGUGGACCAGACCGAUUGUUGCCAGGGGAGGAAUGCGACCAAAGUCAACGAUCUAGCUUUUGGGAACGCAGUCAUCACACCUUCGGUAAAUUACGAAACCGUGGUGGGAAACCUGUAAACGAUGGCCGAGGGGACUGGGCCAGGGGAGGUAGAGGAGAUGGCGUUGGAGGUCCGAGAGAGAAUGGCAGACCCCCUGUGAGUAGGUAUGCCUUCGGGGACAGUCAUGUAAAUAGAAAGGAAUCUCCCCAGAGAAAACAAAAGCCAUUUGGAAGAAACCAGGGAAAGAAGCAGAUUGUACAGGUAGUACACAAUGCACCCAAGGCUGAGAAUGGUAUGGAGGACAGCUUUGAGGAUUUGCUCUUCAAAUACAAGCAAAUCCAGUUGGAACUGGAAUGCAUUCGCAAGGAAGAGAAGAUGGCCCUCCAGCCCGUGGAUCCAAAGCAGGAAGGCUCAGGUGCCAGUGUUACCCCAACCCCUGGAGCAGAAACGGACAAGGACAAGGUGGUGGAGGUUGUGGAGGAGGCCGGUGUCUCCGCCGAGCAGCCUCAAGAGCUUGAACAGCAGCCACCAGAGAAGGAGGAGAUUAAGACCUUUCAGGCCUUCAACCUCAAGCCCCUGAGGCAGAAGCUGCUGACCCCAGCGGAAAGGGACGCCCUCAAUGCCAAAGGAGGCAAAGAAGAGGAGACGAAAGAGGAGAAGGAGGAGGCCGUAGUAGUAGAACAAGCCACAGCAGUAAAUGAAGCGUCAGCAGUGUCAGAAGCUGCUGAAGAAGAUGACGAGGAUUUGGAAGACACCGAGUCAGACUUGAACAUAUCCUGUUUAUCAACCUCAGACGACUCCCUACUGAAGAAGAAGGUCAAAGGGAAGGAUGAGGAUGAUGAGCUGUCGGAGCUCCAGCUGAGGCUGUUGGCCCUGCAGUCGGCCAGCAGGAAGUGGCAGGCCAAGGAGCAGCAGGUGAUGAAGGAGAGCAAGGAGAAGAUCACCAAGGCUCAGAGUGGAGCCAAGCCCUCCUCCUCCUCCUCCUCCUCGUCCCACCCCCCUGACAAGAGCUCCAGUCCCCAGGGCCAGGGCCAGCCAGACCACCGUACCAAGAUGGUCACCAGGUCCAGUGCAGAGAGGGGCAAGGCAGCCACCACCACCACCACAUCUGCUACCUCCUCAUCUUCCUCCUCCUCUUCAUCGAAGCCCCAGGAGAAAGGGAAGCCCACCACGGCUGACAACAAGGGAAAGGCCGGCAACAAGAAUCACACCGGCCCAGGGAAGAAGUCCGUCAGCCCUGCAGGCUCGGCGGCGAAGCAGGCGUGGCGUAAGCAGCAGCUGCGGGCCUGGAAGCUGCAGCAGCAGCGGGAGCAGGAGGAGCAGGCCAGGAGGAGGCAGGAGGAGGAGGAGGAGAGGAGAAAGAGGGAGGAGGAGAUCCGCAAGAUCCGGGACCUCUCCAACCAGGACGAGCAGUACAAUCGCUUCAUGAAGCUGGUGGGAGGCAAGCACCACCCGCGCCCCAAGUCCGUGGAUAAUGAACACAGGAAGUCCCUGAGCAAGCAGGGCCUGGACACCUCAGGGAACCUCUACCAGUAUGACAACUAUGACGAAGUCGCCAUGGACACCGACAGCGAGCCGGAGUCACCAGGUGUGUCCUCGUCCCCAGUGCCCGACCCCUUCUCUAUGGACAUGGCCAUGGGCAUACCUCACAUGAUGGGCUUCCCACUGCACUCAACUCCCCUGGGAAUGGAACUGGUCCAGCACCACCUGGACCCUCUGGGCCUGGCCCAGCCUUCGCCCCCGCCUCCCCUGCCCCCCAUGCCCCCACCUGACGAGCAGGAGAGGCCCCCCAAGCCCCCCUUCGCAGACGAGGAGGAAGAGGAGGAGAUGCUGCUGAGGAAGGAGCUGCUCAAGUCACUGGCCACCAAGAGAGCCGCCAAGCCAGAGGAUACUGUGUCUAGCAGCAGCGGUCCACCGUCUCCUGUGGUCAGGCAGAUUAUCCUCCCGAUGUCUCGGACCAACCUGAGCGCGGUCAACCUCAACACGGUUAUAUCCCAGCAUCGACACGCCAGCAGCAAGUACAGCCAGGCCAACCCAGCCCUCCGUGGCCCAGCAAUGCUGCCAAGACAUAAGCCAGUGGUGGUGCAGAUCAACGGCUCAGACGACAGCGACUCAGAUAGCGAGUCCACCAGCUCUCCCCCGACCACGUCCGGCUUCUUCGGAGGCCUGGAGUUCAUGAUCAAAGAAGCUCGCCGCACAGCCGAGGCGUCAAAGCCCAAGGGAUCUAAAUCAGAGAAGGAGAACAUGCCUGAUUCCAAGAAACUGGAACUAGCUAGUCACUUGCAGCGCAUGUCAAGGCUGGAUGCUGUGAAGGGUGCCUCAUCUCCGGUGGGUUCGGACUCUGAGCUAGACACCGCGGCAAAGUCUGCAGUCCUGAGACUUGCCGAGGCAGAGGAAAAGUUAACCAAGCACCGGAGCCAGCUGGAGAGGGACGAGGUGCUGCUGAAGCAGCUGCUGCACCAGGAGCUGAGGAAGAAGGAGAUCCUCAGGGCUGCGGAGGCCAAGGUGGCCAAGCUACGGGAACAACUGCAGGCACAGGAGAAGAUCGUCACCAUCAACAGAGUGCUGCUCAAGAAGCAGCAGGAACAGAUGCACCGUAUUCAGCACCGCAUCGUCCUGAAGAAACAGCAGGCCCUGAGGCUGGAGAAGGACGUGGCCCAGGCACAGGCCUCUGCACACGGCACCACGCUCAAGCGCAAGAACGACUCACCGCACUACUCCCCGGUGAAGAUGCUGCGCACUGAGGGCCACCAGCGCCACUACGCCGACCUGAUCGCCCAGAAGCAGCGGCUACAGCAGCUGGAGGCCGAAUACGCCCUCAAGAUCCAGAAGCUCAAAGAGGAGCAGGCCCUACGCCAGCAGGCAGAGCAGCGCAUCUCAGCCACCAACGCGGCCGCCGCUGCCGCUGCUGCUGCUGCUGCUACUGCUGCUGCCGUCGUCACAGUUCCCCAGCAGCCUCACCGACACACCCCCACCAGCCCCUACGCCCUGCCCCAGCCCUCGCUGCACGACCUGACCCAGGACAAGCUGGCGCUGGCCAGCGAGGAUGCGGACACUGAGGAGGACGAGCAGCAGCCUCCGUCCUUCAUCACCGCCUCCACCAGCAGUCCGGUGUCCUCUGCCAACAUGGCCGCAGGUGGUGGUGUUGCCAUGCCGGUGGCUACUCCCUCCACGCCCACCUCACGUCGCCGCUCCUUCCGAGACUCGGGCGCCUUCACCAAGCCCAAGCUGCAGGUGCCCCGGGCGCUGCACACCUCCACCCCUGCCAAACUGGGGAUGCCUGCUGUGCCCCUGCCCGCCAAGCCCGCUGCAGCUACAGCCAAAGCUAGUAGUGGUGGUGUUGCUCCUGGCCUGCCUGAGUUGUGCCUUGGGCUGACUGCACAGGAGCUGAAGCAGCGGUACCAGCAGUCGGCCACCAGUGUGGAGGAUCUGCUGCAGAGUGAACUGACGACACUAGGGGGCGCCACCCGGGAACUUCCAUGUGGAAAGACCAUCCCUGUGGAUGUGGACCCAGCAGUAGUGUCUGCUCCAGCCAGCCGUGUGGAGCUGAAGCCGGUUCCCUUUGGCACAUAUCACAGCCCACUGCUAGCAUUCAAGUCAUACAGAUUUAGCCCGUACUUCAGGACAAAGGAGAAGCUGUCACUCAGCUCGGUGUCCUACAGCAACGUCAUCGAGGCCAAGAAGUGCUUCUGCCGCUUUGACCUCACAGGGACGUGCAACGAUGACGACUGUCAGUGGCAGCACAUGAGGAACUGCACACUGAGUGGAAACCAGCUGUUCCAGGACAUCCUCUCCUACCAGCUCCCCCUGAUAGGCUGCUCCGACAACAGCAGCUCUGAAGAAGUCCGCCUAGCCACAGAAAAGUACAUCAAGAAGCUGUUUGGUGCCAACCGAGACCGCAUGGGCACAGACCAGAAGGCUGUUCUCCUCGUCAGCAAAGUCAAUGAGAGCAAAGCCCACGUUCCUCCGUUCACCACCUGCAAGGAGAGGAGGACGUGGAGGCCAGAGCCCCAGAGGCCACCCCGCUCAGAGGACACCUCGGAUGGGGAAGAGGGCCCGGAGGAGGCCCCCUCACAGAACCAGUAUGACACUAAGACAAAGUCCAACCCGCUGGCUCUGGACGUGUGUGUGAACCCAGACGACAAGCGCUACUUUGACAGCGAGACUGAUGACAUCUCCAACCUGGAGACAGCCGUGCUGGAUAGCCCCCAAGACGUGCAACUCUGGAUCAAGCUCGCCUUCAAGUACCUCAACCAGAAGGAGAUCCCUGUGACUGAGCGUCUGGACGCGGCUCUGAACACGCUGUCUCGGGCGCUGGAGGACAACCGCGAGGACGCCGAGGUGUGGUGCCACUACCUGACGCUCUUCUCCCGCCGCGGCUCCCGAGACGAGAUGCAGGAGAUGUGCGAGAUGGCCGUGCAGCACGCGCCCAGCUACCACGUCUGGUGGACCUACAUGAGCAUGGAGAGCUCGUUCGAGGGCAAGGACUUUGUGUGCGGCCGCAUGCUGCAGCACCUGUUGCAGACACCAGAUGGCGAUGGAGAGCCUCUACUGCGCUCGUUCCGCCUGCUGGAGUCCCUGCUCUACCGCGCACAGCUCAGCCUCUUCACAGGCCGACGGCAAAAUGCUCUGGACAUACUGCAGAAUGCGCUGAAGGGCGAGGGGGAGCAGAAUCUGGCAGCACAGCUGUCGUCAGGGGACCGGGCCCUGGCCUGGCUCUGCCUGCUCCACGUCACCGAGUUCGGGCAGCUGCCGUCCGGCCUGUGCGACCCGGCCGACUCUGGCCCGUCGCGGGUGGUGUGCACCAAGCCAGACCCCUUCCCCUGGAGCUCCGCGACAACACUACGCACACCAGCCGACCAACUCGUCGGCCUCUUCCAAGAUGCCAUUAGGGGGUGCUCAGAGGAGGGGCUACCCCACACUGAGGAGGCCGAGGCAGUGGCGGAGUCCGAGACCCCCUCAUCGUCGUCAUCAGCCCCCCCACCCCCGCUGCCGUCUCUCCACCUCCACACUGAGCUCGUGGCCCUCUACCGCCACCUCGACAGGCUGGAUGAGGCGGUGGCCCACUGUGAGGGUGUCCUGGCUCGCUCGCCUGACUGCUGCCCCCUACUGGAGCGGCUGGCUGAGUUGUGCGUGGCACGGGGCGAUGCGGAGGGAGCGCUGGCCGUAUGGACGCAGGCCCUCAGGCUGAGACCACACAACGCCACACUGCUCUACCACACCUGCUCCUUCCUGCAGAGACAAGAGCGAUCCAGUGAGAUUGAGCCCUUGUUUAGGACGCUCAUGCUGUCCUUGUGCGAGCCAGCCCAAGAUGAUCUGUGUCCUGUUCAUGUGCUACGCCACCUCCUAGGUCUCCCCAGAGACGCCAUACUUCACCCCCCCAGAGUCAAGGCCUCCCUGCAGGCCACCGUGCGCCAGCAGCUUCCCUACCUCAGCCUCCUCCACUGCACGUGGCAGUCGGUGCAGGGUGCGAUCCCUGAUGCGCUGGAUGCCUUUGAGAGCGCCCUGGGCAGCUUGAUGGAGCUGGAGCUGGUGCAGAAGAUCUGGAUGGACUACCUGCUGUUUGCCAGCGGAAAGCUGGUGGGUCCUCUGCCGUGUGCACGGGACCUGAAGCUCUUCUCGGACCUGGUGCAGCGCUGCCUGGUGUCGGUGCCCACGCGCCUCACCGUGCCACACAGCGCCACGCGCUACUGGAGCUGCUACCACUUCCACAACCAGGUCAUCUCCUUCUACCUGGGAUGCCUGCCCCAGUCGCAGCACCUGACUGUCCUGGAGAGGCUCCGGCAGGCCAUGCCCACCAAUGUGCAGCUGUCCAUCAGGUUGCUGCAGCAGGAGAGGCGAGACGGGAGCACGGAGCACCUGCGCUUCCAGAGCAGAGGCCUGUGUGGCAGCCUGCCCCUCUGCCUGCCACACUGGAGGAUAGCUAUAGCGGUGGAGCGGGAGCAGAAGGGCAGAGCUGAGGUGCGCAGACUCUACCAGCACGCCCUCCAAAAGCUGCCCCUGUGCGCUACUCUCUGGAAAGAUCGUCUGCUGUUCGAAGCCACAGAGGGAGGUAAAACUGAUACACUGAAAAAGCUUGUUGACAAGUGCCAAGAGUUGGGAGUGAGUCUGACUGAGGUGCUCCAGUUAAGCGUACAGUAGGCCCCCCCGAGCUGAACAGAGCUGAGCCACAGGAUCCGAGUACUGAGGAAAAACAAAACGAAACAAAACAAAAAAAGCCCUCCCCCACCACCCCCUUCCCCUACCGUAGUCUGUCUAUUUCUUUCCUCGAGAUGCAACAAGAAAGUGCAGCCAAUUAGGUCCAGUCACCACCAAUACACCCCACAUCACCCCUGACCCUCACCCCCACCCCCUCCCCGUACCCUAAUAUUUUGGCAUAGACAGCCAUCUCUUGCACCUACCACCCCGGUCUUUUUUUUUACAAAAUGAGAAUCAUAACAAUAAAGUAAAGUGAUUACUGUAAACGGCAGUAGAUUAGGGAGGCCUCCCUUGGCCCGCUCCUCAGACCUCCCACAACCAGAACAGUGUUAUCUUGGCGGGAAGCCUAAGGCUCGGCCUGCUGCGAGUUUGGGGUAUGUGGAAGCCUGCCUGGGGCCUGGGGCCGAGGUCAAGGCGAGACUGACAGGGUGGCUGGAGGCUCCCAAUGCAGCCGAGAAGACUAUGAACUCUCCUCCUCCUCCUCCAGCGCAGCCCCCCGUUAAGUGCCAUAUGCGCCACCCAACACCGCCUCUUUUGUCUGCUAUGUGACAUCAUGUACGUAAGUAUUGGAUAUCUGAUGACACCUGUUGCUUAACUACCCCUCACCUCCCAUCCUACCUCCCCUCUCCUCAACCCCCACCCCCCCAUCCACCUACACGCUCACCCCUCGCUCUCUUCCAAACCCGCUCACCCCUUCUCUCUAUCUCACUCUGACUCACUCUCUCUCUCUCUCUCUCUCUCUCUCUGUCUCUCUCUGUCUCUCUCUCUCUCCAUCUUGCUGCCAGUCUUUGUGUGAUCCUUUUCUUUCAUUGGUGUGUGUCACUUAUUUAUUUAUUUUUUAGGUUUCCUUGUUUCUUUUAAAUAGUUUUUUUCCCUCCUCUCUCUGAAAUCUUCGGCCAAGAGGUGUUGAACCCCCAGGGGUACUCCUAAUAUGUUGUGAAAUUAAAGUGUUUUCCAAGUGCAUGGUGCUGAGGAAAAAAAAGAAUCCUUCAUUAAUCCUGCUUUUUUCCCCCCUCACAAAAAAACUCUAACCUCCGAAGGGAGCAAGAUUGACAUCAUUUUCUUGACCUGUUUUUUAACCGAUUAGGAGACAAAACCCAACUGCAUAUGUUGACAUGAAAGAGACUCACUUGCCUUGGGAGUAUUUCAUUUGGCCAAUCAUUGCGUUUCCUUGGAGACUACUGCCGAGACUGUCCCCAAAUGUUUGGUGGUGAUCCAUCACCAAGCAAAAUCGGGAAUUGGCCCUCGAAAAAAGUAUCAGGCUUAGGCCAAGACGGUUUUGUCCUAGCUUAUAUGUUCAUGUGCAAUUUGUUUUAUUUCAUUUUUUGUUGUUGUUUAUGUAAUAUAAAUAUAUAUCAAAUAUAUAUAUUAGGUUUUCAUUAAAGACCAUGAGAGGAUUCAUGAAUGAUGCAUCACAACAUUUUUUUGUAUUUGAAAUAUGUUGAUAUUAAAUUAUUUUUCAAUGGAGA